AUGGAAAUCGAGAACAGCACCAACGUCUCCAACACCGUCAUUUCAAACGACCGCACUGUAUUCAGGUACACAGAGUACUUACAACUCAUCGUCGGUGUUAUCGGAGUGAUAGGAAAUGCCUGUGUUUUUGUGCUGGUUUGUAAAAUCAAGCUCUUACACACUAUACCGAAUAUGUUCAUAGCAAAUCUCGCGAUGGCGGACAUGAUUGCCUCUUUCUGUAUUCUUGCCAAGCUGGUUGAUAUCAGUUUCGCAGUACCUAAGAAUAUCAACAUGUCUCUGUAUUGCAAGUUAGUACGAUCUGAUUUCUUUUUCUGGAUGUCUGCUGAUGCUUCUAUCUUAACUCUCAUUGGAGUGACAAUUGAACGUUAUUGUGCAAUUGUCUACCCAUUUCGUUACCAUGCGUCAUUCACAAACAUGAAAGCCUACAUGCUCAUUGCCUCAGUUUGGAUUUUGGCUGUGUUCCUGGCUAUACCUUUAGCUAAUAGUUACGACUCGAUGGAUAACUAUUGCGUGAUUGUUUAUGACAGUAAAACAAAAAAGCUAUUCAUCAUGAUAUUCUUUGUAACUUAUCUUCUACCACUAAUCUCUAUGAUACUGGCAUAUACUAAUAUGUUCAAACGUAUCGGCCUCAGCACAUCUGAUAGGCCUGCUGAUGCAGCUACCAUAUCCAGUCGACGACGCCUACUGAAGAUGCUAUCCAUUGUCGUUACUGUAUUCUUUGUUUGCUGGAGUCCAAACCAGUGGCUUUAUUUUCUAUCAAACCUCGGUGUACAAGCAGAUUACACAGCUACAUACUAUCAAAUCACUGUAUUGAUGUGUCUCAGCAAUUCAAGCAUUAACCCUAUUAUAUACGCUCUAAAAAGCAAACAGUUUAAACAUGCCUUUCUCUCCCUUAUUCAUCGCGGUAAUGUGAUUGACCAUGAAGGGAGUGUAGUUGCCACCACUCACGAACUUAUAUAA